AGAUGCUUUCCCCUAAAAUCCAGCCUGGUAUUGCGUAAACCUCGAACACCUAUUUCCCCGUCAAUCCAUCAUCCACCGUUGGAUCAUCCCAAACAUGUUCGCCAUUUAAGCACACUCCACACCACUAGUUUAGACGACCCUGAAAAAGACCCUGCAUCUAACGCUUUCCUUUUCAUUUCUUCCCCUCUUAAACGAACUCACCCUCCUUUUUGCCUUCCACACAAACAAAAUCAGCAAAAACCCUCAUCUCCAGGGCAAAGGGCGAUAAUGGCUGCCUUAAACAGGGCCAUUGCUUUGAUUUUUACUGUGGGUUUGGUUGCCAAUCUUGCUCUAAUGGCUGAUGCAGAUGAUGAUAAGAAGAUUCAAGUGAAGACUGUGAAGGGCAAGAAAAUGUGUAUGCAGGGAUGGGAAUGUAGUUACUGGUCGAUCUAUUGUUGCAACCAUACCAUUUCAGAUGUCUUCCAGGUUUAUCAAUUUGAGGACCUGUUUUCUAAGAGGAAUUCGCCUGUGGCUCAUGCCGUGGGGUUCUGGGAUUACAAGUCUUUCAUUUUGGCUGCCGCUAUUUAUGAGCCUCUGGGUUUCGGAACAACCGGUGGUAAGCUUAUGCAGAUGAAGGAGGUAGCUGCUUUUCUUGCCCAUGUCGGUGCCAAGACAUCUUGUGGAUAUGGAGUGGCAACAGGAGGACCCUUGGCUUGGGGCCUUUGCUAUAACAGAGAAAUGAGCCCUAGCCAGGAUUACUGUGAUGAGUCCUACAAAUACAUUUUUCCCUGUGCUCCUGGAGCUCAAUACUAUGGCCGUGGUGCCUUGCCAAUUUACUGGAACUUCAACUAUGGAGCUACUGGGGAAGGUAUCAAAGCCGAUCUGUUGAACCAUCCCGAGUAUGUAGAGCAGAACGCCACUAUUGCAUUCCAGGCUGCCAUUUGGAGGUGGAUGACCCCAAUCAAAAAGUCACAACCUUCAGCGCAUGACAUUUUCGUCGGCAACUGGAAACCAACUAAGAAUGAUACUUUGGCCAAGCGGGGUCCUACUUUUGGCACCACCAUGAACGUUCUUUAUGGAGAUUUUACUUGUGGGCAGGGUGAUAUUGAUCCCAUGAACACGAUUGUCUCCCAUUACCUGUAUUACCUUGACCUGAUUGGUAUUGCACGAGAACAGGCAGGGCCACAUGAUGAGCUCACUUGUGCUGAGCAGGUUGCAUUCAACCCAACCCCUGCUCCAAAUGCUGCAUCUUCUUCUUGAGCUUUUGUGUAUUCUAUUAGUUAGCCAAUCUUAUUGUUAUGCUGCACUUGUCAAGGAAGAAUUAUUAAUAAGAGAGUCGGGCAAUUAAACCGUUGUAAAAUCAUUUUCUGUGUCGGUGUGAAAGUGGCCCAUCCACUGCAUGAUUAUCUAGUUAUAUACGUUGAUUUGCUGUUGCUGUUCUUUGUCAUUGCUGUACUGUGUGGAAUUUCAUAUAUUUGUUAUUGUGUACUCAUGAUGAUAAUGAUAUAAUGUAUUGAACCACCAUUUUAUUCAAUGUCUUUAAAUAAUUCUGCAUUCUGUA